CUCCCCACUCCCCUUUCCUUUUCAAUGGCUGCGCUCAUGUCAAGAUGCUGAGAUGAGUCGUUACCUGGGUGUUUGGAUCCUUUCAGUUAAUUAUAACCAGCAAUGUCGCUUCUAUCACCUUCUUCCUCAUCUAUCCAGAAGGAACAGGCUUAACCCAAGGCAGUGUAUUUUUAGGCCAGACUGGAACCACAUAUAUUGUUCUCCAUUACAUAGAAACUGGGCCAGAAGAUACUGUCAGCAAGAUACCAGGAUACUGUGGAAACAUAAGGCGCUACAGAAAUAUGUAGAGGACCUGAGGGGAGAAUAUCAGAGGCUUGAUGGAUUGUUGCAUCACGUCUCUGUGAGUGAAGGUGAUCGAAGGACUAUGAGCAGAAGACACGCUGAGUUGGCUCAGUUUACUGCCAUCUAUGAAGAAAUUCAAGAGUGUGAGAGAGCAAUUGAAGAAUUAGAAUCAAUGUGUAAAAGUUUGGACAAACAAGAAGAGAAACAGCUACUUGAACUUGCUUUAGAAGAAAGAGAAGCCAUUGAUCAAAAGAUCAACAGGUUAUGCAGAGAGCUUUUCCAGGCUCUAGUGCCAAAGGAGAAAGAUGACAAGAAUGAUGUUAUUUUAGAAGUAACAUCUGGGAGAACAACUGGAGGUGAUAUCUGCCAGCAGUUUACCGGAGAAAUAUUUGAAAUGUACCAGAGCUAUUCGUGUUACAAGGGCUGGAACUUUCAGAUUCUAAACUACACCACAGCUGACUAUGGUGGGCUGCACCAUGCAGCGGCUCGAAUUUCUGGUGACAGUGUCUAUAAGUAUUUGAAGUAUGAAGCUGGGAUUCACCGAGUUCAGAGAAUUCCCGAGGUCGGCCUCUCCUCAAGGAUGCAGCGGAUUCAUACUGGAACAAUGUCAGUCAUUGUUCUUCCUCAGCCGGAUGAGGUAGAUAUCAAAGUGGAACCCAAGGAUUUGCGUAUAGAUACAUUUCGAGCCAAAGGAGCAGGAGGGCAGCAUGUUAAUACAACAGACAGUGCUGUCCGAAUUGUUCAUAUUCCCACAGGACUAGUAGUGGAAUGCCAACAAGAACGAUCACAAAUUCAAAAUAAAGAUACAGCUUUGCGUGUGUUAAGAGCUAAACUCUACCAGCAGACUGUUGAGAGAGAACAAAGUAAAAGACAGAGUGUUCGAAAACUGCAGGUGGGAACAAGAGCCCAGUCAGAAAGAAUUCGGACAUAUAAUUUCACCCAGGACAGAGUCACUGACCAUAGAAUCUCUUAUGAAGCUCGAGAUAUUAAGGAAUUUUUAUGUGGUGGGAGACCUCUGGAUAUGCUGAUCCAAAGACUGCUAGUGUCAGCAAAUGAAGAAGCCCUUGUUGAAAUUUUGAAUAAUCAUUUUAAAUCUUCUGAAUAAAAGAAGUGAAAUGGACGCUGUUAGAAAACCAAAUAAAAGACUGAAACUUGG